AUGGUCCUAAUUCUAACUGUUUGCCUCUCUCAGAUCUCACUUAGAUUUCCGUCUUCCACUCCGCAUCGCUACAUCGAUGGUGGAGCUCUUAGCGUCGGAGUCGGGCAGACACUUCUCCAUCCACAACUCCCUUGA